GCCCCGCCGCCCUGCCCCACCAGUGCCAUUGGAAGGGCCAGCCUGAGCCUCCGGGACGAGGGUCGGGGUGAGGAAUUCCAGACUUCCCCAGUGUCUGAAUCCGCCCAGGACGCUGAUCGCCUGACUGCAUUUGCCGCCAUUCAGGGAAGGGGCGGCGGGCCGCGUGGAGGUGGCGAGGGUCCUUCAACAAUAAUCACCACCACCACCAUGACGACCCCUUGUAGCGCUUAUCAAAUGCCAGCUCUGAGCUGAGGUUUCCUGAGCACCUCCAAACUGCAUGCCAGGCCUUGGCAGAGCAACCCAUCCACUACAGGGAAGAAGGCUUAGACAGACCCAGGUCUGAAUUCCACUUGCUGCUCUUUCACUGAUCAGCGUUGGAUAAAUCAAGCCUUAGCUUUUUUUUUUUUUUUCUUUUUUUUUUUGCUGGCUCCCCACCCACUAGGACCUCCCAGUCUCUCAUUCUCGUCCUUGGAUUGGCCGCGAGACAUUUAUCCACUCUCCUUAGGCCUGCGCGAUGCAAGACGGGAGAAAAGGAGGGGCGUACGCGGGCAAGAUGGAGGCGACUACGGCUGGUGUGGGCCGGCUAGAGGAAGAGGCGUUGCGGCGAAAGGAACGGCUGAAGGCCCUACGGGAGAAAACCGGGCGCAAGGACAAGGAAGAUGGGGAGCCAAAGACCAAGCAUCUCAGAGAAGAGGAGGAAGAAGGCGAGAAGCACAGAUGGGGUCUCGCUCUGUCACCCAGGCUGGAGUGCAGUGGCGCUAUCUCAGUUCACUGCAACCUCCACGUGGCUCCCAAGCUCAAGCGAUCUUCCCCACUCAGCCUCCCAAGAAGCUGGGACCACAGGGAACUUAGGCUGCGGAACUAUGUCCCGGAGGAUGAGGACCUGAAGAAGAGGAGGGUGCCCCAGGCCAAACCGGUUGCAGUGGAGGAGAAGGUGAAGGAGCAGCUGGAGGCCGCCAAGCCCGAGCCCGUCAUCGAGGAGGUGGACCUGGCCAACCUUGCUCCUCGGAAGCCUGACUGGGACCUCAAGAGAGAUGUGGCCAAGAAGCUGGAGAAACUAAAAAAGCGGACUCAGAGGGCCAUUGCCGAGCUGAUCCGUGAAAGGCUGAAAGGCCAGGAAGACAGCCUAGCCUCUGCAGUGGAUGCUGCCACCGAACAAAAGACCUGUGACUCCGACUGAGGCAAGCCCUGCCCCACCACUCGCCCAUCAGGCCUGUCCUGCGGGGGAUGGUCUUGGGCAGGGAUGGGGGCUAGGCUUGCCAUCACCUCCAGUUUGGCUUCUGAGCAGAGACUCCCUGCCCGUCAAGUCUGAAACCCCCAUGGAUGAGGUCAGCUCCUUGUCUCCUGGGUGGCCCCUGCCAUUCUGAAUGGAGGCAGAACCAGCAACAACUCUGGGCUUGCCUGUGUCUGCACAUGUGGAUGUACAUAUGUCUGUAUAUAUGUAUAUAUUUUGAACUUUCUAAAAAAAAAUCUGGAAAUAGAGACAAGUAAACCCC